UCUUGGUUUGGAGAUGGUCGUGCCAUCUAGCCAACUAUGACAAGGGACUGGCGGGACAAGGCUAGAGCGCCCUCCCUUGCAGCUGCCAACGGUAAGUCGAAGCGCAAUACAAGUCGAAGCGCAAUAGAACUUGAUGCGUAAUACAAGUGGAAGUGCAAUCCUGCUACUGCUGCUGCUGCUGCCGCUGCCGGGUCUGGCCGGGCGUUUGCCGCAGAGGAGAGAGCCCUGGCGGGCACCUGAGAACAACACGGCGGAUUUUGCUGCAGUGAGGAGGGCGCGGUGAGCUGGUCGAUGGGACGGCGGAGCGGCUGUGCGGAGAUUAACCGGACCGGCGCAUAAAACUGCAGCGUUUUAGAGGCUCUGCCGACUCCUGGUGAAAAUUCGGAAAAAGGACAUGGACAAAACGAAGUGCAUCCUCUUCACAGUCUUCAUUACUAUAGUCGUGUUCUGCCAUUCUGGCAAUGCGCUCCGAUGUUACACCUGUGAACAAAGUCCUGUAGUAUGCAGGACCAAUGUUACCUGUACUCCCGAAGAAGAUGUUUGCUUGCAAAUCAGGUUUUUACAUUUGAGAACAUAUAGCUGCUGGAAGUCAUCACGAUGCUACCGAAAAGAAGUUUCUGAUGAAUUUCAUGCUGACAGUUUUAGAUUCCUUUGCUGCUACAGGGAUUUCUGCAACAAGAGUCCGAGCUUCCUGGUAGCCUCUACAGCUACCUUCAGUAUUUCUGCAGUGACUGUGCUUUGGAUGGUAUACCAGUAACACAGGGAUGAAAUGUUACUUCCCUUUGUACAUUCUUUUUAUUAUUUUUUUGUGCUUGGAUAUGUCUGCAACAGCAGCUGUUUUAACCAGAAAAUAGAUGUAACAGUGUCCUCUAUUUCUGUAACUUACAAGAUGAGAUGGGAAGGAGUUUUGACCUAUAUUCCAAAACCAUAGUAACUGAAUUAUUGUGCCACUUAUAGAUUCUUGCUCGUGAACAAGUAUUUAAUCAUACACACAGGAGGUACUACUUGAACAUUUUUUCCCCUGAGGUUUGACACAUUUACUUGUGUUCCUGUUGAGGAGAAAGGUAGGGUGUAAAUGAAGUAAAUAAAUACAUUGUAAAUUCUCUCUUAAACCAGUAAGUAUUCCAUACAAGUGUGCGUACUUAAAGCUUAGAUAGUGUUGUCUUCCGUUUUCAUAAUUAAGGUAGAGUUUGGCACGAAAGCUUUGUCCAUAAGUUGAGUCUAUGUGACUGCAGUCAGAAUUGUAAAAAGCUCCAUCUAUUUUAUCGACUACUAGCCAUUAGGGGUUCUUAAAGCUAUCUAAUAUGGCUGCCUGUGUACUAUAGAAGGUCUAUGAUGGCCUAUAUUUAAGAUUUGGUGAUUCCAUAGACAGUCAAAUAGACAAUAUUUUGCCGUUUUUGCUACAUUUACAGCCAUUGCUCUCUUACUGCUAUUGCAACCAUUUCACGAAUAUGAAUACAUUCUUGCGCUGAAUGCAUAACGGUUCCUC